AUGAAGGCCAACUUUGCCCUUCUGGCGCUCACUGCCGGCCAGGUCUCUGCUCACUGGGGUAACUGGAAGGAAGCCCCCAAGUACACCCCUCCUCAGGCUGUCGACAACAAGUGUGAGGAGAACCAGAAGAAGGGCUGGCAGUGGGAUGACCUCCAGCUCGGCCAGUUUGAGAAGUACAACGACUGGGAUUUCAAGGGCUGGUCCUGUGGAACCGACAAGUCGAAGCGCGAUCUUACUGGCCGACACUUUGGCAAGUCUAUCUUUGCUGAGUGUGGGUCUAAGAAGGAGGAGGCUCCGUCGUUCGGAUGCGGCCCCGGCAGCAAGCAGAAGCAGUUCUCCCUCCACAAGUUCCACGUCAAGCCUGAGUUCGACUGCCGUCUCGAAUUUCACUACGAGAUGGGUGAUGGGAGUACCUGUAAGCAUCAGGCUGAUUGUUCCAAGGACGGUACCGACGUCUACAACACCCAGUGUGGUGGAGCGAAGAAAGUUCACGUCGUUUACCCCCAGCAGCCCAACAAGCCCAAGGAUAAGUGCCGAGUUGAGAUUCCUCAGAUCGACUUCAACUGUGACAAGCCCACUUUCCCUCAGUACCCCAAGCCUUCUUUCCCCCCUGGUGAUGACAAGACCAAGACCAUCCCCAGUGGCGAGAACACCCUGACUGUUCCCGCUGGCGAGCAGACCACCGACUACUCUUCUCCUGCUGAGACCACUUCUGCUCCUUCCGGUGACAACACUGAGACUGUCCCUGCUGGCGAGAGCACCGAGACCGUCCCUGCCGGUGAGGAGACCAAGACUGUCCCUGCCGGUGAGAACACCAAGACUGUCCCCGCUGGUGAGGAGACCACUUCUCCCGCUGAUAACACUGAGUCUGUUCCUGCUGGAGAGACCAAGACCGUCCCUGCCGGUGAGCAGACCACUGAUUACUCUUCUCCUGAGACUACCUCCGCCCCUGUAGGCGACAACACUGAGACUGUCCCUGCCGGCGAGAACACCAAGACUGUCCCCGCUGGUGAGAACACCGAGACCCUUCCCGCUGGUGAGGAGACCAAGACUGUCCCUGCCGGUGAGAACACCAAGACUGUUCCCGCAGGUGAGGAGACCACUGCUCCCGUUGCCGACAGCACCGAGUCCGUCCCUGCUGGAGAGACCAAGACUGUUCCUGCUGGCGACAAGACCACCGACGUCACCUCUCCCUUCGAGACCACCUCUGCCCCUGUUGGUGAGGAGACCGAGACUGUCCCCGCCGGUGAGGAGACCAAGACUGUCCCUGCUGGUGAGGAGACCACUUCUCCCGCUGACAACACUGAGUCCGUUCCUGCUGGCGAGACUUCCGUCAAGACCACCGUCUACGACAGCACCUCCACCAUCUACACCACUGAUGUCAAGACCAUCACUUCUUGCGGCCCCGAGGUUACCAACUGCCCCGUCACUGCUGGUACUCCCGUUGUUGUCACCGAGACCGUUGCCAUCUCUACCACCAUCUGCCCCGUCACUGAGACUCUCACCGGCGACAAGCCCGCUGGCACCAAGCCUGCUGGCGAGAAGCCCACUGGUGACAAGCCCGGUUACACUGCUCCCGGUGGUGACAAGCCUGCCAAGACCACUGAGGGUUCUUCUCCCCACGCUACCUCUGAGGUUCCCGAGGAGGUCACCACCAUCAUCACCAGCUACGACAGCGUCUCCACCGUCUACAAGACUGAGGUCAAGACCAUCACCUCUUGCGGCCCUGAGGUCACCAACUGCCCUGUCACUGCUGGCGAGCCUGCUGUUGUCACUGAGACUAUCGCCUCCACCACUCUCUACCCCGUCGUCGAGACCAUCACCCACAAGGGCCCCAAGCCCGUCGAGACUGGUUCUGGUGAGAAGCCCGUUACUCCUGAGGCUCCCAAGGAUGGCUAUGAGGUUCCCGAUGUUGUCCCCAGCUGCCUGAACACCUUCCUUGACUUCGAGAAGGACUGCAAGGACAACACCGAUGCUGCUUGCUACUGCCCCUCCAAGGACUUUGUCGACAACGUCUUCCAGUGCCUGUACGCCCACGCUGAGAACGACGACACCGUUGCCCAGGCUGUUUCCUUCUUCCAGGGUAUCUGCGCUCCUUACGUUGAGAAGAACCCUGGUAUCGCCACUGGUGCCGACUCUGUCACUGAGCACAUCACCGUCACUGGCACCACCAUCAUCACCUCUGCCCACUACACCACCAUCGUCGUUGCUACUACCAUCACUGAGCCUUGCGUCACUGGCGGUUCCACCAUUGAGGGAUCCUCCACCGUCAAGACCAUUGAGACCGAGAUCGUCGUUCCCGAGGUUGGCUUCACUGACGGCCCUGGUGGCAACGGCCCCAUCCCUGCCCAGACUAUCCCCGCUGAUGUCCCCGCUGCCGGUACUGAGGCUCCUGCCGCUCCCGGCUACGAGGCUCCCGGUGCUGGUGAGACCCUCAUCACCAACAAGCCCGUUGUUGGUACCGGCGGUCUUCCCGCCCCUACCGCCACCCCUGGCGUUCCCGUCACUGCUGGUGCCGCUCGCAACGGCAUGGGCAUUGCCGCCGCCAUCCUGGCUGUUGCCAUCGCCCUGUAA